AUGCUCGAGCCGAAAAUUGCGCGAAUCGUUCCGAGGCGAAAGCAUCAGCAGCUCGGCCUCGUAGCCAAGAAGAGCGAGAUCGCCGUGACGUCUGACAGGAUCCGUUCUCUGCUCCAUCUCAAACAGGCGGAUGCGGCGCACGAGCUGGGGAUAUCCCUGACGGCGCUCAAGGGAGCGUGCCGUUUGCUGGGUGUAGGGAAGUGGCCGUACUCGAGGACGAGAUACCCGCAAGAGACAAGAGGAAGAGAGGCAGCGAAGAGCGACGAAAAUGAAUCCUUGGGGGAAAGUGAAGAGGGUGAUGUGGAAUGGGGGGAGGUCAAGGGGGAGGGAGAAGAGGGGGGUGGAGGGUUUGGGGAAUUGUUCAUGGAGGCUUUACGGCAUGUCGAGAAUCGUUGA